UAUCAGAAUUUAUGGCUUGAGCAUUGAAAACUAGCAAACGGCUUAUGAGCAGCGAAGGGAAUUCAGCCCCGGCGGGCCAGCCCGCCGGGCAUGUGAUUACAAUAAAAAUCCGGACUCUGGACCCGGCCACAUACGAGCUUGUGGUGAAUAGUCAGACCACCGUGGCCGAAGUCAAAGAGAUUGUGUCGCGCAAGGCACGAAACGCCCCCAUCGAGCGGCAGCGGCUCAUUUUUCGGGGCCGGAACCUGGAAGACGCCCGAACCCUCCAAGAGCUGGGUGUGGAGGAUGGCUUCACAAUUCACAUGGUAGUGCGGCCUGAGGACGCGCCGCCGCCCGCAGCAGCAGCAGCAGCAGCCCCCGGUGCAGGCCAGGACGCGCCGCAGUCGGCACAGGCGCGACUGGAGGCGGACACGCGACGGAUCAUGGACCAGAUUAAUGAGAUGAUGAACGUGAACCUCAACCUGGGCUUCAACUAUGGUAUGGGCACGCCGCCGCCCAGCGCUGGUGCCGGUGGCGCAGCCGGCGCGGACCAGCAGCAGCGGCAGCCGCAGCCGGAGCGUGUGGCCACGCCGCACCUGUUCGCCAGCCUGCACCGCUACCUGGCGCGCCUGCGGGAGGACGGCUACAGCCCCGCCCCGCCGAGGCUGUACUCCAACGCCGCCCCGGUGAGGAGCCUGGAUCCGGACUUUGAGGCGCUCAGCCGUGCCGCCUCAGAGGUGCUGCGCGGCGCAGAGCUGCCGGGCCGCCUGGCGGACAUGCGCGCACAGGCGGAGGCGGACCCCGCGGGCCGGGGGCCGGCGCCGUCAGAGCAGCAGCAGCAGGGGCAGGCGCAGGGGCAGGGACAGGAGGAGCAGGGGCAAGGGCAAGGGGCAGCAGCGGCGGCUGCAGAGGCGCCGGCGGCUGCAGCCGGGGGUGCUGGGGCCGGGGACGCGGCUGCGGCUGCGGCGGCUGGCGGCCAGCGCGCCGGGCGGCGGCGGCCGCGGGGCCCAGGCGCCGGCGGUGUGGACAUGUCUGGCGCCAGCUACGGCUACCGGUACAUGCCGCUGGCUGUGGCGGCGCUGGGUGAGCUGCUGAGCGGCGCGGCGACGCACUUGGCCGGCCCGCUGCCGGCGCGGCUGCGGGAGGCGGCGGCGGUGGCGCGGGAGCUGGCGGCGGCGGAGGCGCCCAGUGCCGAGCAGACCGCCGCCACGCAGCACCAGCUCCGCGCGCUGUCCGGGCACCUGGGCGCCGCCGCCGCGCUGCUGGGCGACCUGUCCCGCGCGGCCCUGUCCACCUCCACCGCCCUCGACCACAUGCCGCUGUCGCUGGCGGCCAACUCCAGCGCACUGGUGCUGCCCGAGGGCAACGACUUCCGGAUGCCGGUGCUGCUGCCGCUGCGCGCUGGCGGCGGCGGCCCGCACCCGCCCGGAGGUGCCGCCGCCGCCGACCCGUUUGGCAUGUUGGGGCUGGGCGGCGGCGGCAUGGGCGGCCUCAUGGACCUGUUUGGCGCGGCUAUGGGCGGACAGCUGGGGCAGAUGGGGCAGCAGCAGAACAGGCAGGCGCAGCGACAGGCGGGCGCGGAUGCAGGCGCGGGCUCGGGUGCGGGGCAGCAGGGUGCCGGGGUGCAGGAGGCGGGCGCUGGGCCGGCGGGGCCGCAGGGCCCCGUGCUGGCGGGCGGCACGGUGCAGAUUGACUUAGACAUGGGUGGUAUGGGCAUGGGCAUGCCGCCGGGCGGCCUGGGCGGCCUCAUCAACAACAUGCUCAACUCGCUGGCGGCGGGCGGCGGCGUGCCCAUGCAGCAGCAGCAGCAGCCGGGAGGCGGCGGCGCGGCGGCCGGGGCGCAGGGGCAGCAGCCGGGGGUGCAGGGCCAGGGGGCGCGGCCGGAGAGCGUGCUGUCGCUGCUGCUGCCGGCGCUGACGGCGGUGGCGGGCAGCAUUGCGGCGGCGGUGAUGCAGUCGCUGGCGGGGCGGGGCGUGCAGCCGCCCAUGCUGCUGGACGCGCUCAGCCGCGCCUGCUCCAGCCACCUGAACCACGUGAUGGACGUGGUCACGGCUCGGUGGGACCGCCUGCAGCGCGCCGCCGCCCGACAGCGCCGCCGCCAGCGCGCCCGGGCAGGGCCCGAGCAGGCCGCGCAGCCGGAGGGCGAGGCAGAACCCAACGCUGCGGCUCCUGCUGCGGCUGCUGCCGCAGGCGCUGCUGCUGCUGGUGCCGGUGCCGGGGCCGCUGGUGGGGGUGGUGCUGGUGCUGGUGGUGCUGGUGGUGGUGGUGAUGAUGCGGCGCAGCGGCUGGCGGCGGAGCUGUUUGAGGAGUUCCGGCCUGUGGCGGAGCGGAUCAACGCCAUGUUCCCCGACUGGGAGUCCGUCAUGACGGUGGCCGCAGAUGACCCAGAGUCAGAGUCGGACUCAGAAGACGAUUCGGACGCCGAGUCGGACUACGAGGACGAGGGCGAUGAGGAGGAGGAGGACGCAGAGGUGGCCGAGGACGCCCAGGGCGAGCGCGAGGCGCCGCCAGCCGAAGGCUCCACCGCCCCUGUCGCCGCCGCAGCCGCCACCAGUGACGGCACACAGCAGGCGCCGCCCCCGCGGCGCCGCGCCGACCCUCGGGCCGCGCUGCCCGCCGCCCUGGAUGCCGACAUGACCGCCAUGCUGCGUAUGCUGCUGCCGCCCAUGGUUGGGAACAUCGGCCGCAGCGUGGCGCAGAACGUGGUGGGCGCGGUGGCGCCGGAGGCCGCACGCAGCGGCGUGCUGGACGGGCAGCGGCUGGCCAUGAUCGUGCUGCAGACGCUGCUGCAGCGGCUGGACGGUGUGGCCGACAUGCUGCUGGCCAACUGGGCGCGCAUCAGCUCCGGCAUCGAGGCCAUCGAGGCGCGCGCCGCCGGCCCCGACGCCUCUGCCGUGGACAUGAUGAGCCAGAUGGUCAGCCUGGCAGCAAGCAUCAUGGGCGGCGCCGGUGGCAUGGGGCUGGGCGGCAUGGGGGCGGCGCCAGGCGCCGGCGGCUUCGCCGCGCAGGCGGCGCAGGCGGCACCCGCGCCCGCACCUGCACCUGCAGCAGCCGCACCGACGCCUGCGCCUGCCCCUGCGCCGGCGCCGGCGCCGGCACCCACGCCCGCAGCCGCCGCAGCGGCGGCGGCCGAGCAGCGUGCGCGUGCCGCGCCCACAGCCUCCACGGAGGCGGCCGCAGGUGCCCAAGCCUCCACGUCUGCACCCGCCGCUGCCAGUGGCGCCGACGCGGGCGCCAGCACCAGCGCCGGCGCCGCUUCGGCCUCCGAGCCCAGUACCUCGGCGGCGCCGACUGGCGCUAAGCCGGGUGCGCCCAAGGGCCUGGGCCUGGGUCUGAAGCCGAACCUGCCCAAGAAGAAGCCCCCGACCGCCGCGGCGCCGCCGGCCGCUGAUGCGGCGGCUGCAGGCUCUGCGGCUCCUGCGGCUCCCGCGCCAGCAGCAGCAGUGACGACCCCUGCGGCGGCGGCCCGCGCCGCGCCGCCCGCCACGGCCGCAGCGGCGCCUGCGGCUACGCCCACCAGCAGCACUGCAGGUGCGCUGGCGGCGCCAGCGCCUGGAGGCGGUGGCGACGCCCUGGACGGCCUUAUGGGCAUGGUCGGGCAGCUCCUGGGCGGCGGCGGCGGCGGUGGUGGCGGCGGCGGCGGCGGUCUAGGUGGUCUGAUGCAGAUGGCUCAGAGCAUCAUGUCGGAUCCAGCCAUGGGGCCCAUGAUGGAGGGCAUGGCGAGCGCCAUGCUGGGUGGCGGCGGCGGCGGCGGCGGUGGAGCAGGCGGCGGCGGCGGCGGCGGUCUGGGUGACAUUCUGGGCAGCCUGCUGGGCGGCAUGCCGCCGCCGAGCGGCGCCGGCGCGCGCAGCAGCGGCUCGGCGUCUGCGGCGGCGGCAGUGGCGUCUGAGCCGCUGGUCAGCUACGACGUCCUUACGGCGGUGCUGGGCGAGGAGGAGGGCGCGCGCUGGCGGCAGGUGAUGGAGGCGGAUGUGGAGGCGAUGCAGGGCCAUGUGGUGGUGGCGCCGGAGCCCCUGUCCGCCAACUACCGCCGCGGCGUGCCGAGGAACCGCGGCGGCGGCUUGCUGGACGCCCUGGGCGGCGGUGGCGAUGGCGAGGCGGAGGAGGAAGAGGAGGGAGAGGAGGGAGAGGAGGGAGAGGAGGAAGAGGAGUUUGAGGAUGCGCAGGGGGAGCAGCAGCCGCAGCCGCAGGCGGCGGGGUAGCACCGUUCUUGGGAGUGGUAACCAAUGAGUUCUUGUGUCAUGACGCGGGGCACCAACUUGGCGGUGGAUGAAGCACGAUAGGAGUGUCGCAGUUGCAUGGGGUGGCUACAUUGCGGCCUAGAAGCAGGAUGGUCAUCGGAUUGUGAGUACCGUGUAUCCGUCCACGUUCGGGGUCAGUCGGGGUUUUAGCAGUUGCCUGGGCGUAGACUUAGCUGGACUUGCAGACUCCAGAAAGCCAUUCGAGUUCUUGUGGGGUGGGCCAAUGCCCAGAAGCUCCCGUGGAAGAAGGCGCGUGGAAGAAGGCGCGAAGGAUAGACCGUGGUUGGGCUGGAACAACCCGUGCAACCCGUACAACAACCCGUGGGCACCUCCAUGUUCAAGGCUUCAAGCUUUGUUAUGCUGGCUGUACGACCUUCAGCCUAUC